ACUGCUUUCUUGUGCUUGCUUUGUACGGCUGCGCCGGAAGAUGAGGAACGGCAAGGCCUCGUGCGCCCUGGAGACCGUCUGGGAGGACAAGCACAAGUAUGAGGAGGCCGAGCGGUGCUUCUAUGAGCACGCAGCUACGCAGGCUGCUGCCGCCCAGCAGCUCCCGGCCGCACGUGCCGUGAACGGGCCGGGCCAGGAGGAGCCCGGAGAGGCCGAUGUGGCUGAGGCGGAGGUGGCGGAUACCAGCGGCGGGGUAGAGCCGGGCAGAAGCCAGCCCGGGAAGAGGCCGACGCAGAAGAAGAGGAAGCGCUCCCCGCGGGGCUGCCUGGACCCGGCUGACCUGGCCCUCGUGGGCCUCUCGGCCGACCACGUGUGGCUGGACAAGCCGCUCUUCGACCGGGCGGAGAGCACCUACCGCCAGAGGCUGGCCGACGCGGCUGCCCAGCCCACCUGGCUGCCCGCCCUGGCCCCACGGGGCCCCUGCACCCACGGGAGCCAGGUGGCCUGCCACCACGUAACCUGGGGCAUCUGGGUGAACAAGUCAUCCUUCGACCAGGCCGAGCGGGUAUUUGUGGAGUGGUCUCAGGCCCUGCUGCAGGCUGCAGAGGGGCGUGGCAGGCAGGGAGCCUCUGACACGGGCCAGGAACCAGCUGCCACUAGCCUGGCCCUGGCCCGCCAGCCCAGCCCUCCAGCCAACAGUCAGCCAGCCCUGGGCGGCCUGCAGGCACUGAUGAGGGAAGUGUGGCUGGAGAAGCCGCGCUAUGACGCAGCCGAGCGGGUCUUCUACGAGGCCCUGUUUGACGGCCAUCCUCCAGGGAAGGUGUGCCUGCAGGAACGAGCUGGCCAGACUGAGGGCUCCCGGCGCGGCCGCAGGGACCGGCGCGGCCGCAGUGCCGUGGGGACCAAGCGAGCAGGACCGUGGCGGGCGGAUGGGGAGGCCUCCCCUGCUGUGCCCUACUACUGGUACUUCCUGCACAAAGACUCAGAGGCCCCCUGGCUCAACAAACCCACCUACGACAGUGCUGAGGGCCGUCACCAUGCCGCCGAGGCCCUGCGCGUGGCCUGGCGCCUUGAGGCCGCCUCCCUGGCCCCCCGGCCUGCUCUUCGGUCCAGCCCAUCUGUGUCCAGCCUGAGACCCAAGAAAAUGGCCACUAGCUUCCUCGCACAUGAGAAGGUCUGGUUCGACAAGUUCAAAUAUGACGAGGCAGAACGGAGGUUCUAUGAGCAGAUGAACGGGCCUGCGGCUGGCUCCUGCCGCCAGGAGAACGGCGCCAGUGUGAUUCUCCGGGACAUCGCUCGAGCCAGAGAGAACAUCCAGAAGUCGUUGGCUGGAAGCUCUGGGGCCGCGAGUGGGCCCAGCGGGGACCACAGCGAGCUUGUGGUGCGAAUCGCCAGCCUGGAGGUGGAGAACCAGAGCCUUCGCAGCGUGGUGCAGGACCUGCAGCAGGCCCUGUCCAAGCUGGAGGCCCGGCUGAGCACGCUGGAGAGGAACUCUCCUGCCCACCGCGUCACUGCCCCGCAGACCCAGCAUGUGUCUCCCAUGCGGCAAGUGGAGCCCCCGGCCAAGAAGGCGGCCACACCAGCAGAGGACGACGAGGACAAUGACAUCGACCUGUUUGGCAGCGACGAGGAGGAGGAGGACAAGGAGGCAGCCCGCCUGCGGGAGGAGCGGCUGCGGCAGUAUGCCGAGAAGAAGGCCAAGAAGCCCGCGCUGGUGGCCAAGUCUUCCAUCCUGCUGGACGUGAAGCCCUGGGAUGAUGAGACAGACAUGGCACAGCUGGAGGCCUGCGUGCGCUCCAUCCAGCUGGACGGCCUGACCUGGGGGGGCUCCAAGCUGGUGCCCGUGGGCUAUGGCAUCCACAAGCUGCAGAUCCAGUGUGUGGUAGAGGACGACAAGGUGGGCACCGACCUGCUGGAGGAUGAGGUCACCAAGUUCGAGGAGCACGUGCAGAGUGUCGACAUUGCCGCCUUCAACAAGAUCUGA